CGCUGUCCGGGCCGCCGUCGGAGCCGGGCGUAUGGGGCGCUCGGCGGCGGCGGCGGCGCGGACGGCGCAGGCGGAUCUGCGUCUCGAUGUGCUCGCUGAGAGCGCCGCGGGGCAGACGGGGCCCGGCGCGGGUGCCAAAGUAGCCGCAGAGGCGCGCGUGGAACUGGCGGAAGCCGGGAGUGCCGGCCACGGGGGCCGCCCUGCCGCAUGUGGCUGCCGGCCUGUGAGUGGGAGGACGAGGACCAGGCGAGCAUGGGGGCCGUGUCCUCCAUGGGCAGCUUUUACCAGUCCGUGAGCGAGUGUGAAGUGGAGGAGAACCUGAAGGUUAGGGCCUGGGCCCAGGAGUCGGCCACCGGCCACCAGUGCAGCGGCGAGUCCUCAGAAGGGCCUGCCAGCACCUUCGACUCGGACGUGCCCCACGUCGUCCCCUGCAAGUUCAUCAUCUCUCUGGCCUUCCCAGCGACCGCCGGUCACAAAGGAAAAUGUUCAAGUUUGGUUGAAAAAUACAGGAGACACCCUAAAAUGGACAAACCUAUUGCAAAGGUUCGCCAUUACUACCACAUCGAGUACUUCCUCCUGCCUGAUGUUGGGGAGCCUAAAAAGGUCGAUGUGGUGGUGUUUCCAGCCUUGGCCAAAGUGUUCCUGGAUUCAGGAAUAAAGACCAUCAGGCCAUGGCAAGAAGGGGACAAGGUCUGGGUGUCGUGGACCCAAAGUUUUAACAUCAACAUGACAAAGGAGUUACUAAAGAAAAUAAAUUUUCACAAAAUCACCUUGAGGCUCUGGGACACCAAGGACAAGGUUUCGAAAAAAGCCAAGAAUUAUCGGUUAAAACCUUCUGGGUUUCUGGAAGAUGCAGGAUCUUUUGAGGAGGUGAAACAUUUGGUUUUAAGUCAGAGAAGAUCGUCUGACAAGGGCGUUCACGUCAAAGAGAAGCUGCAUCAGGACCACACACCAGGGAAGCCAGAAAAAGCAAGAAAAUGCUUAAGGUCUGAACAUGCAGAAAAGGCAACUCUUCCCAAGACCACCGAGGACGAUGAAGAGCUGCUCAGGAUGGAAGAUCUUGACACAGUACAAUGUGGUACUUCAAGACCAGUUAUUGCUUUGGGAGGGGCAACCACGACAGAAAUGGAGGAGUUAAUUGAGAGGCCGUCAUUUAGCAGCUUAACAAACUUGUUGGAAAAGCAAACAUUUCAAAUUAAACGGAAAGAAUCAGACGCGAGGAGGAAAAGCCAGAGGAGGAGGGAGAAAUCUCGCGUGGAGACAGACUCCAGGCUGGCAGGCCACGGGAAGCAGGGCACGUUCGCCAUGCAGCUGGCGGUGAUGCCGCUCCUCGCAGGAUGGCAAACUGUCGUGAGUCAUGGCAGUGGGAGGUCGGCCAAUGUCUUAGAUUGUCUUUUGACCCUAAAAACAGAAGUUCCCCUCAUGACUGAAGAGCAAAAGCGGGACUUAAACCCCCUGACCAUAGAGGUCAAGUGUGUUUCCUGCCUUCCAUCACGGUCUGUUUCCUUCAGUGAACUAGAGCGGCUGUGCACCCCCGUGUACUGCAGGUACCAGUUCCACAGGACCCCAGUGCACAGGACUGAGGGCCAGCCCCACGGGACCCACGUCUACUUCCAGGAUAUCAACGUCAUCUUCCUUGGGGCCAUGCACCCCAGCGACCUGAGGGAAUACCUGGAGGGCCCCCCGAUGGUGGUGGAAGUUCAUGACCGGGACCGCAAGUCAGAGGGGUAUUCCCGCAAGCCCGCCCUGUUUGGGGAGGACCCGCUGGAUUCGUACCUCAACCUCCAGACCCUAAUUUCCCCGAAAGAGACGGAGAACAACCCCUUUGAAACCCAGGAUAAGAUGUGGGACCCUUACGGGGUUGCCCAGGUCAGCUUUGCCGACCUCCUCCUUGGCCACAAGUACUUGAACCUGGUCGUCCCCGUCCACAGCUGCGAGCCCAAGGCCACGCGCCUCGGCCAUGACAGCAGGAGCAGGAAGGCGUUGGGGUUGCAGGUGCCCGGAGACAGCCUGCGGCACGGCCCGAUGCCCCCGGGCGACUACCUGGAGGCCAGCUGCCUGCUGAAGCUGCGGGCGGGCGUGGCGGUGCCGCUGCGGGCCGGGACCGAGGCCCUGGACGCCAACCCCACGGCCUCCCGGUUUGGCCGCGUCAUCUUCGUGUUCACCUCCAGUAAGCCCUCACUCCUGCACGGCCUGCUGCAGGACGUCACCGUGAUCAACGCCGGGGCCCUGGGCCUGGACUCCUGCCCCGUGGAGGACAUCCAGCAGAUCCUGUCCGCCUUGAAGAUGCCGGCGAAGAUCCAGGAGCGGCCGGACCUGGACGUGCUCACUGGCUUCCACCUGCUGGACGGGCGGGGCCACCUCCUCAUCCUGGAGGGCUUGGCCGACCGGGGCCUGAGGCGGCUGUGGGAGAGCCACCAGAGCCGGGUCCCACGGGCAGAGCCCGGCUCCUACAAGGCGCUCUACAACUCGCAGCUGCGCUUCCGCCACCGCCUCUACGCCGACCUGGAGACCGUCCCGUACCACGUGCACCUGUCCGGGCCGCUGGCGCAGCUGGUGAAGCACGCGGUGCUCUACGUGCGCAACACGGUGCCGCGGCAGGUCUUUCAGGCACUGAGCAGGAUCUACUGUAUCUGCCAUUACAGCUCCAGGCUCAGGGAGGUGAUCACCGGGGACCUGCUGCCCUCCUCCUCCAUGAUCAAGGGGCUGAGCCAGGAGUUUGGGUUGCCCAUUUCCCAGGAAGAUCUUACAGAGGGAAAACUGCUGGCUAUGUCCCCUCCUCCUGCCCCCAAUCUGGAGGACUUCCAGAGCCGGAAUUCCACCCUGGAUUCUGAGAUCCAGGCCCACCAGGAGAAGUACCUGCAGUGGCAGAACACCAUGAUCCUGAAGAACAGAGACCAGAAGUACAGCCCGAUCCAGAAACACAUCUCAGGGGCCUACGAGGUCAGCAGGAAGUCUCCCAAGUCUGUCGUGAAGGUGACCAAGAUCUCAGCCCCGGCCAAGGAUGCUGUCUACAACUAUAGUAUCCAGACCCUGAACUCUACAGAGCUUGCAAAGGAGGAGCUGUGUCGAGAGAUGGCCAAGGAGCCGAGAAAGAGACUCACGUACUCCCAGAGCUACCUGUCAGCCACAGUGGAGCCUCAGGAUUCAGAUGAGGAGAAGAGAAAAGCCAAGAGGAAGUCCCGUGACGCCUGGCUCACACCCAACGGGUUCCAAGUGACCGGUCUUCACAGCACGGGGAGGACACAUCACCUGGGGCUGCCACCCCUCGGCGCCGUCACAGAGGAGUGGAGGGAGAAAGCACUGUUUGCUAACAUACUGGAGCCGGUGCUGCACCGAGAGAGCUGGGGCUGGGACCGGCGCCCCCAGGACUUUGAUGUGUACACACAGCCACCGCCGUUCUUGGAGCUGCCGGCCCCUCCCGCGCCAAAGCCCAGGACAGGGCUGCUGGUAACAGCUCCGUGAAACCGGAGGACGUGCUGACAAGCUGCUGAAACUGGUCUACUCCCCUCCUCUGGACUGUGCCACCUCCCUUCAGUAGAGGCCCCAGGCUCUGGGGCCGCAGGCAGGGUCCCAGGCUCAGGGUCACUGCUGUGGUCCAGUGCAGGGACAGCAGGCUCGCUGCUCCGGCCCUUCCCAGCCCCAGGGUGCACACCUGAAGUCACAUGGGUGAGAACAGCUCCCUGCAGACUGCUCUCCUGGCACCAGGUGAGAAGCCAUGACCUCUCCAUCUACGCCAGCAAAGAAGCUGCAGUGUCAUCGGGAAGAUGAGCUGUCACAACGCCGGCAGCAGGCCUAUCCCCGCAGGUGGAUGACGGCUCCUCCUCCCAGAACCAAAGCCUGGCCGCCUCAAGGCAACGCCUGUGAUGGGCAAAGCACUGGGAACCGCCCGAGCGGGAAGCCUGCCAGGUGAGCACACCAGGGCAGGUGUGUAGAGGCCCGUCUGUGCCGCCAGAAGAUGCUGCUCGUCCUUGUCAAGGGGCAGAGAAGCACCAGCUAGGAGCAGCACCUGCUGUCAGGCAGCAGCAACAUCACCUGCGCAGGACCAAACCCGCACGGCGCCGUGGCCCGGGCACCUGCCCCUCUGCUCCUGGAGCCCUCUUCUCACACAUGAGGACAAAGGGCCCUGGAAGCCACCACCACAGGGGGGAGCGCGGGGUCAAGAGGUUGUGAGGCUGGCUCUGAGGAAACAGGUGACCAGUGCAGCAAACAAACACUAGAAGGGGAAACGCAAACUGUCCUCUUCCUUUGGCUCCUAGCUUAAAGAAUGACACAUGCGCGGUUUUCAAGCUGUUUCUUGGAGAACGUGUGGUCUGGCAGA